AUAAUAAUAAAGCCGCAGCUAUAAUACAUUAUUGUUUUAGAAUCGCUGGCCUUGUUUAAGGUCGGUAGAAAGAGUACAAGUCACAUGAUGACAUGUUCAUAUGACCAAGCUUUCCUUCAACGGUUUAGCCUUCUUAUAAACAGAGACUAAGGCUUGGCUUUACACAUUGUCAUUAUUGCAGUCGAUUUGUUCCUGGGUUUGCUCUUUAUUUUAAUAACGCAGAGAUACAAGCAAAAAAGGUUGGUUACGCUUGAUCGUUAUGAUGAUUAGUUUUACCUUUUGGAAGUUUUAAUAUUUUAAUAAAUUUGCCUUGCCCAAGCAGCCAAGCAAAACUUUAUUUAUUUUUUUAAAAUUAGCUACUCCUUAAAACUACUUAAAACCCUAGUAGGCUUAGUUGACCUAGUAGCUUACUCAACUAAUACCAGAAUACUACUAGUGCUAGUAUACUUUAAUUUAAUUCUUUUUUAUACUACUGUUAUAAUUUUACUGACGUUUGCUGGUUAAUUUUUUAACUAGGCAUAGUAGUAGUAUAAAAUAAUUUGCUACCUUCCAAAUAAAUAACAAUAAAACAUUUAUUAUUAUCAUUUAUUUAGUUUUAGUGCUAUUUGAACUAUUUGACUUUUUGAAUUUGGUAGUCUGAUGUCUGAGGUGACUGACACUAAUUUAAUUCUAAUAUUAAACCAGGGUAGGGGAACUUUUUCUGAAAAUUUUUCUCUUAAAAUAUCUAUAAAUAUUAUAUUUUAUAUAAUUUGGAUAGUCUGCCACUUCAGUGUAGUGUUGGCUAUUUAAAAAUUGUGUUUUUCCCGUUUUUAGUUUACAAGUUAUUUUAUUGAUAAAAAAAAACGUAAAUAUUUUAUUGAUCCAAUUAUAAGAAUUAUGUUUUUUAUGAUAUUGUAAAUGAUUGUACAUAUUCAUUGCAGUACAUUCAUAUAUUAUAUAGAUAUUCCAAGACAUUAUGUUUGAAAUAGAAAAAUUUAAACAAUUUAAUAUAUUAAAAUAAUAUAACAUGUUUAUGCAUAGUUUUCCACCCAGGGCAACAGUGAAAGGAAUAUAAGAAAUGAUAAGACCACGGCUGAUGCCAAACUGUCUUUUCAAUUUGCGUGCGUCCACAUAUUUUAUACAUUCUAUGUUUAGACCCCAGUAACAGCAUAAUUUGUAUCAAAGUUUUGUUGAUAGACCACAACAGAGUGUUUUCAGAUUACGUGGCUGAGCUAAUUUAUGUUUACAUGAGCCACCCAUCCAUCCGAGACAGUAUGUUAACCUUGUAAAAUAUAUUUUACUAUGCACUCUUGUAAAGGGAUCGCACAUCCAUCUGGCACUUUAGCAAGAAAACAGUGCUUACUCUUUUUAUGCUACUGAAAACCCAGGGGCCCUCUCUCUACUGUCCAUGUUUCCAGUAAAAUAUCACCUGAAGUGGUAGAUUACCAAACAUAAUAGUAUUAGUAGGCCUGUCCUAUAUUCUAAGUCAGUGGUUCAUAACCUGGGUUCGAUUGAACCCCAGGGGUUCGGUGAUUCAGUCUCAGGGGUUCGGCGGAGGUCAAGGCACAGCCCGACUCAUAUGUUUUGCGAUCAAAUUUUGUGCAGUGCAGACGAUAGAACUAGCGGCCGCGGCCAAUGAAAGUUCAAAUACGAGAGCACGACAGCACGACACAAUAAUAAAGUUCGCCAGAGUGAGAUAACACGUAUCGGUAUCGUGAUAUUUCUAUAUCGUGGAACCCUUGACGUCAUGACAAGCAUACAUCACGAAUCGUGUCAACGCCACCUGUACAGGCGCUUUGAUCGUGUAAACACAUGCUGUGAUGAACGUGUGCAUAACAAACCCAAUUUCGUUCACCGACUGAGCAUACCUUUUAUUUCUAUAUCGUCGCCCAGUAGUCGACUUGUGACUGUCGUGAUGGUAGGUCAUGUGAUUUCUUUCUUAAUAUUUUAAUCCCUUCAUACUAACUAUGUCGAGCAAAAAAAGAAAGUGGUCGGACGAAUAUGUACAAUAUGGAUUCACAUGUAUGAUGGAACGUGAUGGGAGCCAGCAUCCUAACUGCAUGAUUUUCAAUGCCAAGUUGAGCAAUUCUAGUCUAGCACCGGCAAAACUAAGAGAACAAUUCCUUAAGCUGCAUGGAGAUGGAAAAUACAAGAACACAACGCUCGCAUAAUUCAAGGUGAAAGAGUUAGAUUCGAUGAAAAGGCUACUCUGCCUGUUCUCGGCUUUGUACCCAUCAACAAAACGAUCCUCACAGCAUCGUACGAAGUUGCUUACCUGAUCGCAAAGCAGGGCAAACCACACACCAUUGGUGAAACACUCAUGAAAAGCGGCUGAAGUUAAGUUAUCCCAAAUUCCUCUUUCAAAUGACACCAUCAGCGACAGAAUAGAGGACAUGAGCAUAGACAUCUUGGCUCAAGUAGUUGCAGAUAUGAUUUCAAGCCCAGCAGAAUUCAGCCUUUAACUCGACGAGACCACAGACGUUUCCAAUCUAAGGCAGCUUGCUGUAUUCAUGCGCUAUGUGAAAGACAACGUGAUAAAGGAAGAUUUUUUAUUUUGUAAGUCUCUUACAACAACAACUAAGGCAGCCGAUGUGAAGAAACUUGUGGAUGACUUCUUCAAAGACAAAAUAUUUCGUGGGAUACGCAUCGUAUUCUGCACAGGCAUGCGUUGGCAACAAAAACCUUGUCUACAAAACUGGUAGAAGUAUUAAAAAUUGUAGUGGAAUGCAAUUAUGUGCGAAAUAGUGCUCUGAGGCACCGCUCUGAAUUUGAGGUACUUCUGUACCAUUCUAAUGUUCUGUGGUUAUCCCGGGGACAGGUGCUGACUCGUGUUUUUGCCGUGCGUGUGGAAUUAGCCCUGUUUUUGCAAGAGCACCAACAUUGUUAUGCAGAUUGCUUCAAAAAUUAUUAGUUCAUUCUCAUUUUAGCGUACAUGGCUGAUAUCUUCGCAGCUCGCAAUCAUCUCAAUCAACAGAUGCAGGGCGGUGGAGUCAAUGUCAUAGAAGCGGAAGAAAACCUGAAGGCGUUUCAAAAAAAGCUACCGUUAUGGAAAAGACGAACAGAGAAUGAUGACUUCGCAAACUUUCCCCUGCUAGACGACUGUGUAAGUAAGAUCGAAGAUGUAUCUGGAAUCUGAGACAUUUCUGUACCAGUGGAACUGAAGCAAGCAAUUGCCACGCACAUAGUUGAGCUUGAAAAGUCUCUCGACGGAUACUUCCCUACAAGAGAGUCACAUCCAGCAUGGGUGAGACAGCCGUUCACGUUUAGUGUUGAGACAACAGAUGUCAAUGAUGAAUACCUCGAUGAAAUCAUUGAAAUUCAACAGAGCCAGGUUCAACAGCAACUCUUCAGAACAACAACGCUCUCAACGUUUUGGUGUCAACAAAUGGUAACGUACCCUGUUAUUGCAAAGAAAGCUCUGGAGAUUUUUAUACCGUUUGUUACAACAUAUCUUUGCGAGCAAUCCUUUUAGAGGAUGCUGGACAUAAAAACAAAGAAAAGGAACAGACUUUGUUGCGAAAAUGACCUGAGUGUGGCACUUGCCAAGGUGAAGCCGCGCAUUUCUGAACUGGUCUCUGAAAGGCAACAGCAGGUCACACUCAUAUUCAUUAUUAUGUUUUUUGUUUUUGUGUGAAAAUCAUGUUUUAUUGGUUUUGUUCUUUGAACACAGUGAUGUUGAUGCACCAUUCAUUUUGUACACCAGUAAAAUAUAUACCGGUACCUAUGUUUUGAAUUUUAACAAAAUCAUAUUUUAUUUUUCCUAUUAAGAAGGGUUCGGUGAAUGCGCAUAUAAAACUGGUGGGGUUCAGUACCUCCAACAAGGUUAAGAACCACUGUUCUAAGUAUAUUAUUAUAGUAUUAUAGUGAAUAGGCCUAUAUUUGCUACUAUUAGAAGGUCACAUUCAUUUUGUAAGUGUAGUCGUAUGUAAUCAAGGCCACAAUAAAGAAGCUUAAAAUAAAACUACAUAAUAAUACACACAAAAAUGUAUUUACAUUCUAUUUUAAAUAAACAAAUCUCUAUUAAAAUAAAUUACUGAUGUGAAAACUAGCAUAAAUUAUAUUAUAAAUUGAUAUGCAUUUGAAAAAAAAGUUAAAUGUUUUUACAAUUAAUCCAGUAUUUUUAAUUCCCUGUAUAAUAUGUAAAAAAGUUAAUGCAAAUAAAUUAUUUUUAAUAUAAAAUUUUGAUUCAGUCAAAAGGCUGGACUUGAAGACCUAGAUUACUGCAGGUUCCGCACUGACCUGAACCCUUAACUCUAGCAUUACUUAUAUAGAAAACUUUCUAGGAGGGAGUGGGGUGGGAGCAAAAUUUUUUAGUAAUGUUUUAAUGUAGUUUUAAUUUACUGUAGCAUAUUUGUAUGGUGAACGAACAGAUUGGACACAGUAAAACGAGAUCAGCAUCAGCUUAGUUACUUUCUUUUUGUUUUCUCUUUACUUUAAUAAAUUUGUGUCUAUUUUUGUCUAAUCUAAAAGUUUUUUAUCCAAUCAAUCCGGGAGGGGGGGGCAAUUGCCCCCCCCCCCCUGCAGGCGCCCAUGCUUAUAUUGUGUAUUACUAAUAUUAGCAUGAGGUCAAUAUUAAUUAAUAGGCCUAGGAGUUAUUCAUGUAGGCCCUAUAGCCAAAUUAAUAUAAAUGUAUGAUUUAAUUUUUUUUAAAGUUUAUAAUGAUGUGAUGUUGAAUUAUAUUAUUAUGACUUAUUGAACCAUUGUUUGACACAGGCCUAAUUGUGUAUAGCUAUGAGCAUCCUUUAGAUACAUGACUGGAGUCAUCCAGAAGCAUUUCAUUUGAUACAUUAAAAUAAAACAACACAAAUUAGGGGCUUUGGGAAUUAUGCCUUUCUUAGGGAGGUUUGAAAAAAAAAUAAAUAAAAUUCUAAACUAGUUCUAAACCCUCAGACACAUGUCAAUGGCCAACUCCAAAAGCAGAAUCAAGAUUCAGGGAGAAUAUUCUAGGGAGUUCGUAGUUAAUCGGGGCCACAGACAGGAGACUCACUAUCAUGUAUCCUGUUUAACAUCACGCUAGAAAAAGUUAUUAGGAGCAUUCCCAUUAGCACCAGUGGAACCAUAACAAACUACUUCCAGAGAGAUAAUACAGAGCAACAACCAUCAGGAACCUUAUAAAGCCAACCAUUGCAGUACCUGGCAUAUGCAGAUGAUAUAGCACUACUGGGUAGAAGCCGUAAUGACAUAAUUAAAGCAUUCAGGGAACUUGAAAAUGCCUCAUUCAAAGCUGGCCUUGAUAUAAAUGAACCGAAGACAAAAUAUAUGAUAAUGUCAAGAAACUCCCAUGCUGAUGAUAACAUCAAUAUAAACAACCACAAAUUUGAGAGAGUGGACACAUUCAAAUAUCUAGGGGAAACUAUAAAUGAGAUAAUGUCGAGGGGAAAGAAAGGAUAACAGCAGGCAACCGUUCCUAUUUCAGUCUACAAAAGCUACUGGGAAACAAAAACUUAUCAAGGGGAACAAAGAAGACAAUAUACACCACCAUCAUAAGACCUGUAGUAAUGUACGCUAGUGAGACCUGGACCCUCACCAGAAAAGCAGAGAACCUGCUCAACACAUGGGAGAGGCAAAUCGUCCGCAAAAUAUACAGACCAGUGAUAGAAAAUGAUAUCUGGAGAAUACGUACAAACCAAGAACUUUACAAUUUGUACAAAGAACCACCCAUAGUCACAAUGAUAAAAAAAGGCAGAAUAGGCUAGGCAGGUAUGUUGAAAGGUUGCCGGAAUGCAGAGCAGCCAAAAUUAUAUACAGGCAGAAGCCUAGGGGCAGACGACUCAUCGGUCGCCCAAGGAUGAGGUGGAUUGAUGAUGUGGAGACAGAUUUACACCAGUUGGGGGUUCGAGCAUGGAGACGGAAAGCCAUGGAUCGUUCCGAAUGGAAGGAUGUGGUGGAGCAGGCCAGGGCCCUACAUGGGCUGUAGUGCCACUGAUGAUGAGUUCUAAACCAAACUAUUUUUUAUUGAUAUUUUUUACAAUGAUCACUGACCGUAAAGCAGUGCUGUAAACUAUAGGUUUUCAUUUUAAUACUGUUCGGCAACUCUAUACUAUUUGAAAUUAGCCAUCCUCUUUGAACAUUUUAUAAGAAAAAUGUCACCUGUCAGAUAAACAGACAUUAUGUGGUCUUAAAACCAUCUUGUUUACUGGUUAUUCUAAAAAUAACAUUUUAUUUAAGAAGAAUCGGGCCAAUUAAUAAUUAAUAACUUUUUUUGUUAUGUUUUAGAUGGUCUCUCUAAAAGGGGUCUUGCUCCUAUGUCUUGUGGGACUUACAAAUUCCAUGAAUCUCAACAAAGCUAAGCAUGAAAAUGUACUCUUCUUUCAAGCUCAUGAAGAAAAUUUAGAUACAGUGAGUAGUCCAUUGUUUUUUAUUUCUGUAUGCAUACUAAUCUGUUAAUAUUUUUUCUCUUUAUUUCUUCAGAAAAUAUUUUACUUGAAACCUUUAUUCAUAAGAUAUCAUAAAAAACUAUAAGUAGCUAAGUAGCAUUAAUUGCAGACCUACUUGUUUAGCAUCAUUGUUGUUCUUUAUUUUAGGGUGUAGUAAACAUAUUAAAUGGGGAAACUUUUGCAUAAAUUUCUGCCAUUUAUAAGAGGUUGUCAGUGUACUGAAAGCCUUGCCAUCUUCUGACAUUUUCUUUCCAUUUACACAACAUGAAAUAUUUUCAUACCUAUCUACUUAUGGUUUAUCCAAUAUUCAUUUGCAUUUACCCCCCCCCCCCCCAAUAACAAUGUACAAGUAGGUGUUAUUCAUAUCUUCUUUCUUCCUGUCUUUAGUUUUUCUUAAACUGACUUGUUUGAAUAUGUUAUUUUAUUUUCCUUUCAAUUAAAAAUUUAGGGGAACGAUAAUUUCAAUUUGUUAACAUCACAUGACUCAAAUUUAUAUUUACUUAUUUCAAAUAAUGAUUUUUUUUUUUUCAGCCUUUCAUGUAAUGGACAAUCUAAAUUAAAAUAUGUACUUAUGCUUUUUCUGUGCUCACAGCAACCUGUUGUGACAUUAUCUAAUGGCUCAUGCCCUAAUAACACUCAAUACUUCUGUUCCACAAACUACACUUGCUGUAAAGCGAAUCCAAACUCUAAGGUUCCGUUUGUGUGUUGUACUUUUUCAGAGGUGAGGAAUUUCAAUGUUCGGCCUGACAUCUUUUCAUUAAAAACCUAAAACUAAGUAAUGAUUUGAUUUAGCUUUAUGGCAUCAAACCUUUUUGAAGGGAUUUAAGAAAAAAAUUUUUUUGGAAUAGUUCACUGCCUGUGAGAAUAAAAGUGUUUCUUACAAUAAUUGUAAGAAAAAUGUAAUUUUAACUGGUCAAAGUUGUUGUUUUUAAAGGGGUAUUUUCCUUAUAACUACUUCUGAGAAAUUAGAUUCCCAAAUUUUUAGUGUAAUUUUUUAAAUUGAAUAUUUCAUGUUUGAGAGGGCUUGCAGUCUAUUGACUAGGACUUGACAGGCAGUGUGUUGGAACCUCAGAUUAGUCAUAUUUGCCCGAUGAAUAACUGCAGAGAGAUUUUAAAAAGAUUUUUUUUUAAACUGACCUUAAUAAUAGUAAUAUUUUAGGAGAGUGGAUAAAAUGUGUUAUGCAUUUAAAAAUCUGAAUAGGUGUUUUACAUUGAAUUCAAUAAAUUUAGUAAUAGUGUAACAUUGAUUAUAAUUUACGCAACCCGCAUAUAAUUCUAAAGCUGUGCUGUGGCCAACUUUUAUGUUUAUUCACUUUCAUUUUAACAUCUAAAUAUAGUCUGUAAAGAAGUCAUUAUUAUUUAUUGAAAUUUGGUAUAUUAAAUAAGUGGUUAACUGAGUAUCCUUGGGGACAUUUCUUUAUUUAAUAUUAUUUUGUCAGGGUGUUUGCUGCCCUGAUGGUAUGCAUUGUUGUCCUCGUGGCACUUUUUGUGACAUGCCAAACAGAAGAUGUUUCUCCAAAAAUCAAGAGAGGGACAGUGUUACCGUCCAAAACUGGAACACAAUGUUAUAUGGUCAUUUAAAAUUCCAAUCAGCAGAAAAGGUCUCUGAUUUUAAAAUUUCUUUCCAUUCCAUUUCAAUUUCUUUCUUUUUUUUGUGUGAAGAAAAAUACAUUCUGUUCCUUUUACCAUCUUCUUAAAAAAAUACUUUUGUUUUGUCUAUUGGACUUAAUUUAAAUUUAAAAAACACUUAACUUAAAAGGCGCUCAUUAAAAAAUAAGUAUGAAAUCUUUAAUUGACAUUUAGUAAUAGGAAACAACUUCUCUGACAACACAUAUUUGGAACAUUUUCACAUUUAACCUGUUAUAUCACAUUUAAAAGCAUCUGGCAGUAAAUUCAAAUGUUUAAAUGGACAUAAUAUUUCUCAUUAAGUAAUUAAAAAGAUGCAACAUUCCCACUGAGCCACUUGUUCACAUUUGUUUAAUAAUGUGGAACCACUCUAACAAGUAUUGGAUUUAACACAAAUUAUAAACUGUUUUUGACACACCUGAAACAAAAUGAAAUUUUAGCAACAUUUUUACAAGCCAUUUCACCCCAACAUUUCCUGUUUCUUAAAUAUUAUUUCUAAAAUUAUCUAUUUUUCUUUUAAUUUACUUGUAUACUUAUUAGAAAAAUAAAGAUUUCUGCAAUUAUACAAGAAUCAGCUGCUGUAUCUAACAAGCAGUAGAGAUAUUGUGAGACUAUAUAUGAAAGUGUUUUUUCCACCUAAGCCAUCUCCAUAUACGUCCCUGCUAAAUUUUUGAAACUGCAUUCAUUCAUUUUCUAUACCAUUAAACAAAGCCAGGUCAUAAAUUAUGUUUCCAUUUAAAAUGCAAGUGCUUUAGUAUUCAGCACAUUUUUGUGUUUUCUUCUUUAUACCUUUAAUUCUUGUUACUUAAAAAAUUAAAUAGUCAGGCAAAAAUUGGUUUCACAUUUUUCAUUCAUAUGAAGGAGUUUUUAGGAAUUGAUUACAUAUUUUCUUGUCAUUUGAUGUUUCUGAAUAUCUAGAUUACAAAAAUUCUUUUAGUGAACAGAUUUUCUUUUUGAGACCUCUGUUUUUGUGCAGAUUGUGUCUCUCUUAAAUUAAAAGAGAGUACAAGUGAUAUUAUACAUACAUUUUAAAGGUGUUGGUGAUUUGCAAAAUUUCAGUGUUCAUGCCUUUUUAAAAAUGUGAAAUACAUUAUUAUAUGCCCUAUAAAUAUAUAAAAAUAUUGCCACUUUGUUAGAUUUAUUUUCAAGAGUUGAUUUUUUUGUUACAUUUUUAAAAUAAUGAAGUAAGUAAACUUGAUAGUUCAUUAACUGCUUUUUUCACUAAGCUAAGUUAUUAUUUGGAUAUUCAUAUUAAUAUUAAUUAUUAUAUAAAUUAUAUAAAUAUAUUAUAAAUUAUGAAUAUUUCUUCUGUAUAAUUACUGAAAAGCUCUAGGAGUUACCCAGAUUGACGAUAUGGGCCAUUCACCACUCAUUAUGUCCUAGACUAUGUAAUCUGACAGCAAUUGAACUUAUUAAAAAAUAGAUUAUCUUUAAAGGUUAGACUGGUUUGAUAAAGUUAUCAAGAUAUGUGUACGUGAUAUUUAAAGGCUUGUACGUGAUGACUUUGUAUUGCCUUUGACCUUCUUUUUUAUUAUUAUUAUAUAUUCCCUUUAAUCUGUAAGAGUAUCCUUUGAAAUGAAUUCUUUGAGCCUUUCUUAAUCCCAACCAUAUUUUAAAGAGUUGAGCAACACCAACAGUGUAUGAGAUCAUGCUUGAUUUUUGUUUCUAACCUUGACAUAUUCUUCAGGCCUUUAAACAGGUUGAUAGGCCAAGUUCUGUCUUUCUUUCUUUCUAUUUUUAAAAUGUUGGUUUUGUGAAGUCUGACAUAGUUAAACUUAAAAUCACUAUUUUAAUUCUGGAUAAGCUUUCACCAGUGAUACACAAAGGGUCAUUGUUAUCUUAUCUCUAUACAGAUGGUCACAGGAUCAAAUUAAUAUUAAAUCUCCAGAUCAGCUAACAAAUCAAGGUCAUUGAUAAUGAACAUGGAAGAAUGAGAUAGUAUUGAUUUUGUCUAGUCAGUAAGAUGUUUAUUAUAGGGCAAAUACUAAAAUAAAUAUUUUGUCUUAAACUUAGAGAUUUAUGGAAAUUUUUUUUCACAAUCAUUAUUUUAACAAUAAUAUACUCAUGCUUUGAACAGUGCAAUCCAUCCUCAAUAAAAAAAAAUUUGGUUACUUUAUAAGAAAUUAGAAACAAUCUGGCGAGAAACUAAAUCAUUAUUACAUCAGAUAUCUAUUACAAAAAUCAUGUCUCUUUACUAAUUGCUUUUACUUGCGAGUUUCCUCCUUCAAAGAAAAGCACUUACUUAACAAAAAUAAUCAUUUUUUAAAGAAAUCUAAAAAAAAUUAUUAUGGCUUCAUUAAUGUUUAUGAUUUUCUAUAUUACAUUUUUCAGCUAAUUACGAUCAUACUAUUUGGCAUUAUUUGUAUUGCAGUGAUCAAAAUUUUAUAUAAAUGUAACAAUAUACUGCCAUUUAAUUUUAUUUAUUUUACUGCAUUUUUGCCUAAUUAAAUUGAUGUGUAUAAUCUUUUUCCUCAUUAAAACAGCCAUUGAGAGUUAUGUGAGUCCUGUAACACCAAUUGUGAUAUUCAAAUCCCCAAAAUAAAUAUUGAGCAAAUAAUGAUGAUUCACUGUGGAUAAGGAUACACUUAGUCUGUUUUACAAAGCAGCACACACAUUUUGUAAAGAGGUUUCAAACUAUUCGUUACUUCCUUGUAAAGGGAGAUCCAUGUAACAGGAUAUUGAUUUUAAAAAUCAAAAACUGAAGCGAUCGAAUUUUAUUAAAUUAUUACAGUUAAAAUUGGAACUUGCUAUCAAUGUCAUAAACAUUCUUUAAAAUCUAUUAUAUUUAAAUUUUUAUUAAUAAAGUUGUAUAAUAUUAAUUAUUUCUUUAUGACAGGCAGAGGUGACCUGCAAUGAUGGCUCUCAGUGCCCUGAUGGCAGUACUUGCUGUCAACUGGCCUCUGGGAGCUUUGGUUGUUGUCCUCUUGUACAGGUCUGUAAUAGCUCUUUUAUCACUUUUUUUAAAAUUGCCAAGUGAUUCAUUUAAAGAUAAUAAUAAUAAUAAUAAAAAAGUUCAUUUCAAAAACACGCUUCAUCCCCAAAGGCUCGAAGCGCGGUACAAAGUCAACAAAAAACAAAUCUAUAGUUUACCACAUUUAAAACAAACGCAACACGACAAAAACUAAGUACAAGCAUACAAUGGCAAAGUCUUUCUAGCCAUUUCAACCAUAAGCAACACAGCCAUUAUGCAUUAACUGGAAAAUAAUGUUGACAAUCAUCCCAGAAGGUGUUUGCGAAAUAGAUGUGUCUUUAAAUCGGUUUUAAAGGACUCCAGUGUCUGGUUGUUUCUGAGAUCGACAGGAAGGGCGUUCCAAAUUAGUGGACCAGCAAAUGCGAAAGCGCGCUUUCCGUAAGUCUCAAGGCAAACACGUGGUGUCGAGAGUUUGCCACUAUCGGAUGAGCGGAGCUCUCUAGUGGGUACAUAAGGCGUCAGCAGCUCUUUCAGAUAGGACGGCGCCAGGUCAUGUAAGCAGCGGUAGCACAAAGUUGCGAUUUUGUACUCCAUGCGAGCACGCACUGGCAGCCAGUGCAGCUCUCUCAGAAGUGUUUUUGCAUGGUCAAACUUGCGUUUGCGGAGAACAAUGCGAGCCGCAUUAUUCUGUGCUAUUUGAAUUUUAUCCAGGAGCGUAGCUGGAAGACCCACCAUAAGAGCAUUGCAAUAGUCCAUGCGUGAUAGCACAAAUGCAGACAUCAGCCUCUUUGUUGCAUCAAUUGUUAGGAAGGGCCUGAUGUGACUAAUCCUGCGCAGCUCUAGAAAAAUCGCCUUGCAUAGCAUGUUAAUAUGACUUUCAAAAGUUAGUCUUCCAUCUAGGUAGACACCCAGGUACCGCACUGUUUGAGCUAACUCAAUACGCACACCUGAGAGAGUAAUGGAUGUAGUGUUAUUUGCAGAUUUUUGCUUCUGAGCGGUCGCGAUGGGGAGCAGCUCAGUCUUAUCAUCAUUUAAUUUGAGCUUGUUUAUCGUCAUCCAGUGCUUAACCGACUCCAUUGUCUUCUGUGUCAUACUGAGCAGCUGAGGGAACUGAGAAGGGAUCACGGAUUGAUGAAGUGUACUAUGGUUAACAUUGAUAUCACCAGCUUUCAUUCGUAUAUAUUUCUCUUAUGCAAUUUACUUCCUCUACACUGGUAUUUAUAAAAUACUAUCCAACAACCCUGUCAUUGUUCAGGUUUGCAUUUUUAAAAAAACGUCUAAAUCUUAUCAUCAGGCAUGUUAAGUUAGGGUCAUGUCAAAAACACUUAGCUAAAAUAACCAUCAAAAUUUAAAAGAUUCUCCUAUAAAAUAACCAGAUUUUUUAAUAACUCCUGUAAAUUUUUAAUUUGGAGUGUCUGUUAAAAACCAUGAUUUAAUUUAAAGAUAAUAAUUGAUGGACUGCAUUCAAGUUGUGUAAAUGAAAUAGUAGAACAAGGUAUGUUAAGCUUGAAUUAAUAUAACGGACAACAAUAUUUGAAUGUUUCGGCUAAGAGCCUUCUUCAGCAAACAAGACAAAUAGAAGUAAGACAAGUAACAGAGCACAGUAAAAAAACUUUAGAGAUCACUUUGUUGUUGCCAGAAGAAGGAUUGUAGGAAGUGAAAGAAUAUAAAUAUUGGUACUGUGAAAAUAUGGUAGAGAAUCUUAAUGGACCAAAAGAUUUAGGGAUACAUAAAAUUUAAGGAAUAAGAAAAAAAGAAGAAAUACAGGGAAAUUGAGUAACAUUAGUUAGAGAGUAUUUGAUUCAUACCAUGUAGAGAUGAAUUUUGAUCCAUUGGCUUGGUUUUCCUGUUUUAAGCUGACUGAUUAAUAUACAAAAAACACAUAUAAUCACACUGAGCUUUAAAUAGUAGAUGUAGGUGCCACCUCCUGUAUCUCUUGAUAUAUUAAUACACAUUAUGAUUAAUAGAAACUGGGCAAGCUUUGGGUAACUAAAUCCCCAACCAACCAAAGUUGUUAACCAAGUAUUCUCAAAAUGAAUCUCAAAACCAGCCCUCCAUGCAGACUCACUGUCUUGUGAACUCCUUGUGCAGACUAACUGUCUUGUUUGCCUUCCAUGCUGAAUCACUGUCUUGUUUGCCCUCCAUGCUGAAUCACUGUCUUGUUAGCCCUCCAUGCUGACUCACUUUCUUGUGAGCCCUCCAUGCUGACUCACUGUCUUGUUAGCCCUCCAUGCUGACUCAUUGUCUUGUGAGCCCUCCACGCUGACUCAGUCUUGUGAGCCCUCCAUGCAGAUUCACUUUCUCAUGAGCUCUCUAAUCAUACUCACUGUCCUGUGAGAGCCUUCUAUGUAGACUCACUGUCCAUUGAGAGCCUUCUAUGCAGACUCACCGAAGAACAAUUUACCAUGUAAAAUCAUUUCAAUGAAACCAAGUCUACAAAUAUUUAUAAGUUAAUAUAUUUUUUACACUUAACUUUAUAUUGUUUAUAGGCUACAUGCUGUGAUGACCAUGUCCACUGUUGUCCGAAUGGCUACAAAUGUGACCUAUCAGCUGGUACCUGUGUCAGAGGAAAUCAUGUCUUGUCCUUAUUCACUAAACAGCCAGCCAAGAAUCCACCUAUCCAACUUACUCUGGUAAAAAAUGUCAAAAUUAUCAGUUAGCCUGUUUAACAUGUCAGCCUCAUAAGUAUAUUCUCUUGUGCUUCUUCUAAAUAUUAAAUUUGAAGUACUGCUUUUAAUUUAAAGUGGGGUUGAUAUUUUAAAAAGCUAAUUGUACAUUUUAUAGAAAUCAAAACCAAAGGUAUUGAAUUUUCUGAAUAGCCCACAACUUAUAAACAUGGGGUUGUCCUUUGACUUAAUGUUUUACAGGACCUUGCAUAAAUUACACAGCCCAACAAACAAAAACAUCCUUUUUCCCGAUGCCUUGGCCUUGAGUUUUAUGCCUUUUUCUAGUGUUCUAUGCCUGUUUCUAGUACUUUUGUGGCAUCGAUUCCAAAUAUGGCAUCAUGUUUUCUGUAACAGCUCUAAUUUUUCAGAUUUUGUUUAAUUUAUACAAUUUUUGUCUGCUCUAUAUAAGAUCUUUUGUGAAAAAUCUUGAUAUCAUAAAAACCUUUCUUAUUUAAAUGGGAAAUGUUUGUAUUUAAAUUACCCCUAAUUUUUUUGUACAUAAAGGCCUUUUUCUAUUUUCUUUCUAUAAUACACUCAGGCAUAAUAUUGUCGAAGGUAAAAAUUGACAUCGUUUUGUUUAACUAAUUAUGUGCAAAAUAUUUAGAUUUGAUUUUUCUUAGACUACAUAAAUUUUUAUUUUCAAAGCUUCUCAGCCAAAUCUGUUUAAGGCGGUUGGGCAUAGAUUUUAUUUCCUAUUUCUGAUUUUGGUUUUAAAAAAAGUACACAUACAUUUUUUUUUUUGGUGCCAAGCUUGGAGAUCAAUAUAAAUCAUGGGCUUCUUAUAUUGCAUACAAAACUUGUAACAGUAUGGAUUCUUUUCUCUAGUUGACGUAUGGAAGAGACUGUAACGAUCCAGAUAUUGAUUGGUUGUGUUCAUCAGAUUCUUUUACACAUUCUUAUGUCUUAAUAACACUGAAUUGAACACAAGUUCUUUUCCAUUAGUAAUGUAACUUUAGUUUAUAACUAUAUCUGCAGGCUGUGCAUUUAAUCCUACACAUGUAUCGUGCUGCUUGCUAUAUGAAGAGAAAUAAUACACAAACAUCCAUGUACUCGCCAACUAACUGGCGGGAAAAGCAUUCAUUAACUAUUAACUCUCAAAAAACAAACUGCCCUCGAUAAAACACAAUAUCCGGUGCACAACAAUUAUCAGUCAAUUCCCACGCUCGACAGAGACCAUGCCUUAAAUUAAGAGUAAAAGUGGUAUGGAGGGAACCAAAAGCCACUACAGUGGCUCUUCUAUUAGUCUUGUUAAUUUCAUAAAAAGAAAUGAUUCAGCUAGGAGACAUGUUCCAUCGCCAGAUUUUAUGUCCGUUUCCUCAGGUUUGUGUACUACCACAUAUCUCAGAGGAUAAAACAUGCAUGUCUUAUAGCGCACAAAGUAAGGAACUUGGGCAGUGAUAUAAUUUCCAAACAACUUCACAGAGUGGACAUUUUAACCAGAAUGAAAUGAGGGAUCUGAUCAAAUCUUUCCAGGUCUUUCCUGAAUUUCUUGUCUCCAGACUUAAGGAAAAUAAUGUACAUUAGCCUGGAACAAACAGUGCAUUUAAUCAAAGGAGAUGGAAGGAUUUUCUAUUAUUCUUUAAUUUUACUUAAGACAAGAACUUGUUAUCAGCAAUGAGAUCUCCUUAAGAUCAUUGGUCGUCCCGAAUAUGACCCAAGUGGGGAACUUCUUUGCAUCUAGAAUUCAAAACUGAGUAUGAAAUGUGUUCUUUUAAAUGAUUGCAACAAGUAUGAUUGUAUACCAAUAGGUCAAUCUACCAGGAUGAAAGCAUGAUACAGGCCACAUGUGUAGUCUUUGAAAAGAUUAUUUACCAAAAGCACCAAUGAGGGAUUUUUGUAGACUUGUAAGAGAUUUUAUUUUUGGUUUACAAAGUGGCUUUACUAAGUGCUUCUUAUGUCUUUUGGGAUAAUAGCGCCAAACAUGAAAAUUGGACCAGAAGAGAUUGGCCUCAGAGAGAAAUAUUGUGGUGGGAGGAAAAAAAUCUUAUCGAUGAAGAUUUAGCGAUAUGAGAAUGAGAUAGAAUCUAUAAAACGAGAGAUAGAAUCUAUAAAACGACACGCCUGCCUGAGAAAACAGUUUUGAAUGAAGCCGAUUCUUGCAUUCAAUAUACACAGCAAAUAAAUUAUCAGGAAUGAAAGAUUUCACCAUGACAUAUAUAUGCAACGGCAGCGAGAUAACUUAACAAGGAAGAUGAAAUGCACAUUUGAUGGAGAUUUUUGUUUGAAUCUUAUGCAUGCUUUCUCCUACAUAUCUUAGCUUUAAAAGUCUUACAGAUGGAGAUUAUUUGUGCACAUUAGCUGGAAAGUUUAUAAGCUGUUCUUUUAGCAUAAAAUAAGCACAUGUUCAUGUAGCACACUUUUAAAAUAUAAUUCAUUAUUAUGUUCCAUGCUUACAAAAUUAGACAUGUUCAGCAUCUCAAAAACUUGAGCUGAUGGGGGGAAAAAUAUGUGCUGUAAAUGGAAUCAAUGUGUUAAAUAUACAUGGAAACAAGUCUAAUAUUUGAGGUACCAAAUUUUGUUUUUGCCAAUGUUAUCAAUGAGUUAUUUUUCUCAUGUUUUAUUAUUGUAUAUUUUUUCAAAGAAUGAUACCCCCAACUCGAUCAAUGAGAAAUCAAAGGUAAAUACCCUUGCUGAAAGUGUGGUAUGCCCAGGAGGCCAGUCCCAGUGUCCUGAUGGAACAACAUGCUGUAGAAUGCAAUCUGGUGACUAUGGAUGCUGUCCUUAUCCAAAAGUAGGUCAUAACAUUUGCAAUACAUGAUAUUUUUUUUAAAGAUCUUUUUGGGAUCUUUACUGGAAUAUUUAAAUAAAGCUUUUAAUUCAGUUAUUUUCACUUAGUGUUAUUUUGAAGAGAAAAAAAAUCUAGUUAACAUUUUUUUUUAAUUCUGAGAUUUUAUACUGGUUUAUGAUUGUCAGAUUUGCCCAAGCUUGUGAAUUACAGUUUUUUCAUUAAAAAAUUAGAUUUAUGAAAUUGUUAUACCGGUACGAGAUUUAUAAAAAUAAUAUUCACAUUAACAAUUUUAUUUAUUGUAAUUGCUAUUUAACUCAUCAUGCAGUCUUCAAUGCAAGAUUUUAUAAAAACUUGAUUCUUAUAAAAUAGGAUUAUCUGGUUUGUAUUUUUGAUGGGCACAAUCUUUUAUACCUAUCAUUUACAACAUGAAUAAAUGUCUUUAACUGUUAGUAAAAAAACAGUUGAUUGGUGGAUUUGAUGGAUUCAAGCUGCUAAAUUGUUUAAUAUUUCAGGCCGUUUGUUGUUCAGAUGGCCUCCACUGCUGUCCAAAUGGCUACAAAUGUGAUGUUGCUCAGGGUGAAUGUAAGCAAGGGGCAGACAGAGUUCAGUGGGUAGAAAAGGUUUUAGCAAAGAGUAGAGAAGAAGUUACAUGUAAUGAUGGAUCUUCAUGUCCUCAAGGCUCAACAUGUUGUCAGUUGGCUUCAGGGAGUUAUGGGUGCUGCCCACUUCCACAGGUGAUCUAAUUAUGUUUAAAAUAAAUAUUUUUAUUUAAAAUUGUUGACUUUUAAAAAAAAUUUAAAUUCAAUAUUUUUUAAACAUGUUAAUGGACUAUUUGGGAAAUACUUCAAAGGAAAUUAAUAGAUGUCUUAUUCAGGCUGUAUGCUGCGAUGACCAUGUGCACUGUUGCCCCAAUGGCUACACUUGCGAUGUUUCUGCUGGCACAUGUAACAAAGGAAAUGAUAUUGUAGCCUGGCUGACCAAACAACCAGCCAAAACAGUUGUCAAUGAUGUACCUUGUGAUGACACCUCAUCUUGUCCUGAUGGAAACACUUGUUGUAAAUUGGCAUCUGGACAGUAUGGAUGUUGUCCACUACCAAAGGUUUAUAACAUAUUUUAACAGAUUUGAACUCCUAUACAAAGAUAUUAGAAAUUAUUUAACCUUUAGCAUAUAUAACUGGAAAGAACCCGAAAAAUAAUUUACAUAUAAAACCAUCAAAGACCAAAGGAAAUGAAAUAAACUAUACAUUUUUCUUUUAACUACCGGUAUUAAAAUUAUUUUCAUGAUAUUUUACAUUUAAAUUGAAAAAUUUGCCUUUUAAAAAUUUAAGAUACAUAAAAAGGAGCUGAUGAAGAUGCAACGGAUUCUUACAAAUAUGAUUGUGAUUUUUGUAUCAUUUUAUGGAAAUUAAAUCAAUUUAAUUAAGAUAAUAUAAAUCUGCUUUAUGCAAGUAUAAGUAAUCUUUAAUAUGUAAGUACUAUUAUUAUAAAUAAAUUACUAUAAUAAUUAAAUCUUUGUAGUUCAGAGGCAUGGCAAAGUUUGGGUUGGUUUAUAAAGAGGAUAAAUAUUUCUCAAAACUCAAUGAUGUUAGAAAUGUAAACCUCUACUCAUAAAUACUUCUUUUUUUUUUUUUUUAAAUUAAAAAAAAAGGGUGACGUCUGAUUUACUAUUUCAAUACAUUUCAAGGUUGUGGAAAUUUUUUUUUUUUGAGGAUACAAUAUCUCAAUUCUCGAUUAAGGUACUUACGUAAAAAUUAAUAUUUUUUGAGACUUUUGCAAAGUUUUUUUUUUUUUUUUUUUAAAUUAAAAAAAAAGGGUGACGUUUGAUUUACUAUUUCAAUACAUUUCAAGGUUGUGGAAAUUUUUUUUUUUUGAGGAUACAAUAUCUCAAGUCUCGAUUAAGGUACAUACGUAAAAAUUAAUAGAUUUUGAGACUUUUGCAAAGGCAUGUAGCGCAAUGUGCCUUCUAUUUUUAUCCCGGUAAUAACCGGGUCAUAUUUUCUAGUUUUAUAUAAAUUAAUUGAGGAAAAGCUUAGUACUAUUAGUAUUCAGAUAAAAUGGAAUCCCUAUUUAAUUCAGAAUGUUGUCCCCUUAUAGUGUAGACAGUACCUAAACUUACACACAGAAACUGUAUGGUUAGAUUUUUUAAUUAAGCUACAUUUUUUUAGGUAUAUAAAAAUUAUUUAUUUCAAAUUUUAUUUGUCAUAGGCUGUAUGCUGUGAUGACCAUGUCCACUGUUGUCCCAAUGGCUACACUUGCGAUGUUUCUGCCGGCACAUGUAACAGAGGAAAUGACAUUGUAGCCUGGCUGACCAAACAACAAGCCAAAACAGUUGUCAAUGAUGUACCUUGUGAUGACACCUCAUCUUGUCCUGAUGGAAACACUUGUUGUAAAUUGGCAUCUGGACAGUAUGGAUGUUGUCCACUACCAAAGGUAUUUAAAAAAAAUUUCUUAACUUUUUAAAAAUUAUCUCCACUCAUUGUUUUUAAUGGAAAAUUGGUCAUACUUGGAUUUGUCCAAUUGUCUUUGUCUUGAGUCACUCUCGCAAGCUCAAUCCUCAUUUUCCUUGCUUUCAUCCUCUCUUUGUCUAGAUACCUUAGCAAAAUGUGAUGUGUUCAUUGGCUGUUUGGUUUUAUUUUCCCUGCUUGGCAUAAAAUCCUAAUUUCUAAGUGGCCUACUUCUUUGUUCUCCUCAGUGUUUGACAGUAAGUGAAGAAAGCAACAUUUUUGAAACAUCAAUAUUACUUGCCUCCCUCACAUUCUUAUAACAGGAGAGUAGAUUUAUUUUUACCAUCUUGUUUUUGUGUGUGUUUUUCAUAUAAAUGAAAGUGUUGCUAGAAUGAAAUAGUAAGUUGCUUUUGACAACUUCCAAAUAGGAUAGCAGUGGAUUUUAAAGCUUUGUACUUUACUUUCGUUUAGUCGUUUAAGGGAUGAUGAGUAUGUUCAAUCUUCUAAAUAACCAUCCAAAUGUUAUUGAAUUGAUUUUUUUUAAAUGCAAACAUCUUUGAAUAAUAUAUUUAAAUUCUCUCUCAUCUUAGAUGUUCAUAAAUUAAAUCUUACCAAUAACUGUAGUAAUAAAUAAAGAUCCUACUGCACGGACUGAUUCUACUCUACUGACUAUUUCUAUUCUAAUUUUAUUUAAUGAGAACUACACACUUUACCGUAACAGCAUAGACAAUCCUAUACAUAAAUUUAUCAGAUUGUGCUUGAAAGCAAAAUCCCACAAGGUUCUAAUAGGGCGCUCUACACACUCAGAACCAUGCCAAAGACGCACACCAAUUUCACACCAUAUCCUAUCCUCAACACAUUCUAUUCCUUGUUGUUUUCAAGGUCCAUUGACACAAUAGCCAUUUGGUCAAUAUACUUUGAUUAUGAUGUAAUGUUUAAUUUGUAAGCAAACUAAUAUUAAAGCUGAUCAAUUUGUUAAAGAUAAAUAAUUUUGAAUUAUUAUUUUAAACUUAUGAUCUCAGGCUGUAUGCUGUGAUGACCAUGUGCACUGUUGCCCCAAUGGCUACACUUGUGAUGUUUCUGCCGGCACAUGUAACAGAGGGAAUGAUAUUGUAGCCUGGCUGACCAAACAACCAGCCAAAAGAGUUGUCAAUGAUGUACCUUGUGACGACACCUCAUCUUGUCCUGAUGGAAACACUUGUUGUAAAUUGGCAUCUGGACAGUAUGGAUGUUGUCCACUACCAAAGGUUAAGAAAAUAAUUUAAUGAUUGUAACUUCAACACCCAGAUAGUAGGAAUGAUUUAACAUAUUUAAUUUUAUAUAGCCUCUUCAAUUAUAGGCCGACACGACCCCUCACCUCUAGAAAAAGCGUACACAGUGCCCAUAAGCUGACCUCCAAAAUAAUAUGCAUUAUCAUCAAUGGCACUACAGCCCAUGUAGGGCCCUGGCCUGCUCCAAAAUAAUAUGCAAGUGUAAGAAUUGCAGUACUAAAGAAAAUAUAUUUUUUUUAUUCCAGACUUUUCAAAAUAAUUAAUGUGUAAUAAAAAGACUUAAAAACUAAUCAACAUACCGGUAUAAUGUAUUGUGCUUCACUUGUUAAAUCAUAAAUAAACUUUUACAAAAAUAGAAGACUAUCGCUUGGAAAGAAAUGUAGUUGCAUUUUCUUUUCUAUGUGUAUUCUGCUAUAAAUCUCAAUUAACAAGUUUGGCUAAGACAUUUCAACUGCUGGAAAGAUUGUAUAAAAUAUAAACAUCAAACAUUUCAUUAUUGAAUGUAAGUAGACUAUUUUGAUACUUUCUUAGCACCCCCAGUCAUGACAGUUGCAAAAUGAGGACAACAGUUGUGACCCAAAUUUGCAUGUGGCCUUAAGAUAACUUGAUUUAAUUACUUUUUUUGGACACUUUUUUCUUGAAUUGAUGUACCAAGAGAAAAUUAUAAAAAAAUCUGCUAUGACCCGCUCAUAAUCCAACCACUUAUUCCCCUGAAAUAUUUCCACACAAAAAGUUUGGCUUUAGAGCGAGUAUAUAUGGUAAUAGUUCAUACAUAUAAUUAGCAAGUACCAAGGAAGAAAUGAAAGAAAUAGAGCAUUUUUCUUGCCACGUAUAAAAUUAUUUGCAUGAUUUUGUUUUUAAUUAAAUGAAAAUUUGACUUAACUUUUAACUAAAGAAUUUUUUUUUUUUAAAUUGCCUUGCCUUGCAAUCCAACAUGGGUCAUCGGCAACGAGUCUAUGUGUCAAGUUCAGCUCGAUAGGAUGACGGGAAGUGGGUAAAUUGACCUUCCGAAGAUUUUGCCACAUAGAAACACACGAACAAAAGCGAAGUUAAUAUAAAGGAUUUUUAAAUUUAAGUUACAAAAUAUGAAAUUCAGACACAUAGAUUACAUUCACAUUUUUGUUUUUUUUGGUGACAAUAAUAGGGUUUAGAGUGAUUGAUUUUACAACAGCCGGGAGGAGUAGGUUUGUCAAUUCUGACAAGAUAUUGGGGAAAAAUGAAUGUUUACAUCUUUUGGUCCAACGUAACAUUGACCACAUUGAGGCUAUUGAUGCUUUGUCUGAAUAGAGUCAUUACUAAAUCUGUGUGUGCAUUAGAGGGCCAUAUUUUUUAGAGGAUGUAGUCAAGGGUCGCCACUGCUUCUCCACCCUUCCGCAAAUCCAUAUCCUGCACUUUGAGUUCAAAUCACUGGUACACUAAAUAGGGAUACGACAAUCAUACGCAAACAUUGCACAACUACAGGUCAGUAACAAUAGAUGAUGAGCUCAACAACUGACUUUUCCAAAGCAAAUGAUUUAUUUGGAAGAGUGUGUGGGAGAGAAGGGGGUCUUAGUCUUGUCACUAAGCUGAAAGUAUAUAGGGAAAUCAUAUAAGCAUCUCUCCUAUAUGCUAGCGAGACAUGGACAGUUUCCAGCAGACAUGCUAGACAGCUAAACCAUCUCCACAUUUGCUGUCUACAAAAACUUCUUGGCAUAAGGUGGCAAGACAAAGUCUGUGAUACAGAAGUCCCACAACUCUAUUCAUCCUUGCUGUCUACAUAAACUUCUUGGCAUAAGGUGGCAACACAAAGUCCCUGAUACAGGAGUCCCAUAACUCUAUUCAUCCUUGCUGUCAUCAAAAAACAACACUAUCUCAAAAUCCUCCCUUUGAUGAUUACAGUCUUUAGAAAAGUUAAAUACUUGUGUUAUUUACCUUACUUUUUUUUCUGCCCUUAAUUCUUUCACUUGUUAUGUACAUGGUUGACCUUCCAGAGAUGAGAUGCCUAUUACUGCUAUAAUUUCAUUAUUACAAGUACAUUUAAUAUUAAAUUUAAAUAAGUUAGUCCCCAACCUCCCCCCCAAAAUAUUGGAUUUCUCUUCACAGUGCCCCUAAAAGGUGUGGUUCUCAUUUAUCUCUAGGUUGAUCUGGCACUGCAGGAAGAAACUGUGUAAAUUCUGCUUUCUGGAUAUCAACUUUCUGAAAUUUUAUACAUCUAUCUAACUUAGCAUUAUGUAAUUUUAUCAGAUUGAUUGGAGAAGUUCUAAUGAUUAUGAAGGGGAACUCCUCCUAAAUCAGAACAUUGUCCCCCCUGUGGGACAUUUCCCCCCCCCCCUCUCUCCGACCUACACACAAUAAUUAUAUGGUUAGAUUGAUGACACAUACUACAAUAAUGUUGGGCCUGUCAAAAGAAUGUAUUUUAAAAUUCAUUCAACACAGGCUGUAUGCUGUGAUGACCAUGUCCACUGUUGCCCCAAUGGCUACACUUGUGAUGUUUCUGCCGGCACAUGUAACAGAGGAAAUGACAUUGUAGCCUGGCUGACCAAACAACCAGCCAAAACAGUUGUCAAUGAAGUUAAAUGUGAUGAUUCAGCAUCAUGCCCUGAUGGAACAACAUGUUGUAAAUUGGCAUCUGGACAGUUUGGAUGUUGUCCAUUACCUAGUGUAUGAAGUUUUUUAAGUAAAAAUAUCCUCUUUAAUAAAACUGAACUUGGACUAUAUUAUAGAAAUCACUUACUGUAUACUCCCAUCCCAUUACUCUAAAUCCCAUUCAUUCAUAAUCUGACACCCUUCCCCACUAGUUUUGGUCAGGAAAAGCCUGAAAAGUGUUUAACUUGGUCAUAAGCCAACCCAAAAUAUAAUACACUCUGCAAGCCAUAUAGUACUUAGAAAAGAAAAAAAAAAUUUAACCAACGAACUAUGGCAUAGAUCAUUCUGUAGUGCGGGAGCUUUUUGAGUGCCUUUUGAAAUAGCAUUAAAUGGCAUAAGAAAUAUUGAUACAAGACCCCAAUAAUUAUAUAUUUUUUACUAAUGGAAAUGACUAGGGAUAAAGUUAGCUAUAUUGCCCACCAUGUAAACAAAUUUUGUUCAGUGUCCUUGGAGUGCUCAAGGGAAAAAAAUUGACAAAAUGUCUUGCUUUCAAGUGCUCAUAACAUCAUUAAUUUUUAUAGAUGCCAUUAAAAUGCUAUAUAAAUGUGGUAGCCAAUUUAUUUAUCUUUCCGAAAAUGUAGUUUGCUAAGGUUUUGAUUAAGCCUCUGAAAGCAAUUUGAGUAAUUUUAGGUCAUUUAUUACUGAAAAAAAAAAAGAAACUGGGACCAUAGCUAAAACCAAGUACAACAUACAAAAUCUGAGGUAGAAAAGUUAUUAUUGACAAGUAAACAUUUGAAAAAGUAUUGUGGAACUGAUUUGGUUUGUUAAACUCUAAAAUUUAUUAGGUAGUUCUGAUCUAUAUUCUUGAGCUUCUGUGACUAAAAAGUCAGUCAGUCCUUGCCCAACCUCCAGGCCUGGCUCACAGUCUAACGGUAGGCCUACUUCAGUAUCACAAGGACUAGUAUCAGAUUCACUUGAAGAAGAAUCCGAACUGAGAUGGUGAUGGGGAAUGUUAAAAUCAUCAUCAGUAUCACUUAAAUCCUCUCUUAAAAUGCUGUCAAAAAUAUUUCAAUUAGUUCUCUUACUGAAGGCCCAGCCAUAGCUUCAACCAUUUUAGCUUUAAAAAAAAACAGCGAAAUAAAACUCCGAUUAAAAAGUACUUAUUGUUAAGUUAUCAACAAACAGCUUGACCAGGAAGAUUAUUUAAUUAUUAAUAAAAGGAAAUGGCUGUAAUUCUGGGUUAAUAUUGGAUUGGAAGUUGCUAUCUGACCGUAAUUUUUAUCAGCCGAUUUUUUUCGGACGCUACAGUACAGAACGAAAAUAUUGCCGAUUUUUUUGUCCGACCUAAGUUUGUGGGUUAAAUCCAAUUAUGUAUACUAUAACUAAAAGACUUUAAAACUAAUAAAAGUCAAGUAUAAACAUUGAUUAAGUUUUUGACAUUGUUUUUUUUUCAAAAAUUGAAUCAAGGUACCUAGAGAAAAUUAUAAAAAUCUCCGAUUGUGCCAUAGAAAUUUCAUGACUCCCAUGAUCCCAUUUGCUCUCUUGCUUGCUCUGUUUGAAAUAAUCUUUCCUAGAUAAACAGGGCACUUUUACUGCUCUGACUAGUCUACUACAGAAAUAGAAACAUCCUUUUACAUAACAUGGAAAAACACUUGAGCAUCACACGUCAUUUGUUCUAAACUUGGACUGCUUUUGAUUUUUUAUUCAUCAAAAUAGUUGCCUUCUUCUGAGUUCUCCUCUUUUUUAUAGCAUUUUUAUUUAUGCAUUUCUGUAGAGCGAUAUUUACUGCAAUAAUUUUGCAACUUUAAAUUUUUAUAGAAUAAAUCCAUUAACUGAUAAAAAAAUUCUUUUACAAAAUUGUUAGUUAUUGUUUUUAAUUAACAAAAAGCGUUGCUAUUUUCUUUUCACAGGCUGUAUGUUGUGAUGACCAUGUUCACUGUUGCCCCAAUGGCUACACUUGUGAUGUUUCUGCUGGCACAUGUAACAAAGGAAAUGACAUUGUAGCCUGGCUGACCAAACAACCAGCCAAAACAGUUGUCAAUGAUGUACCUUGUGAUGACACCUCAUCUUGUCCUGAUGGAAACACUUGUUGUAAAUUGGCAUCUGGGCAGUAUGGAUGUUGUCCACUACCUAAGGUUAUUUACUUAAAAUUUUACAUGAUUUUUUUUUUUAAUUUCUUAUUUUCAGAUGUUAAAUUAUAAUUUAUGCAUUGAUAAAGUAAAAAAUAAAUAAAUAUAAAAUUUUGCUUGAAAUAGGGUUUUGCAAAGAUUUUUUUUUUUUUAUUAAACUCUUCUAAGUUGAAAAUUUGCUCCAGAAGAGUCCAAUCCUAAAGUGAUAUAGUUUUAAUCAUUUCGGUUACCUUAAAUAAACAAAAUAUUUCUACUAAUCCACUGAAAUAAGAAGUUGCGGUGACCUAAAUUAAAAAGUCAUGACAUCCUAACAUGUGAACUGAUGCUGACUUUUUUUUGUACUCCACUAUUUUUAAUUGUAAUGUUAGCGGGCAAUGGUGCAGGGAAUUUCGCAAGAGACCAAAGAACCUUAAAAAUAGACAUUAAUGCUGCUCAGUUACCAUAUCUAAUUUAUAGACUUGCAUACAGGUUGCAAUUUUUUUAACCAAAACUUUAUAUAAAAAUCAGGGGUUGGACCUAUCCACUCGACAUCAAGUUAGCUUGCUGUAAAAAAUGGGUCAUGUAACUCCUCCAACUGAGGGUGUGACCUAUCUGGGAGUCAACCGCAAAUACACACUUUAACAAUCCCAAACUAAGGUUGCAACCUAUGCACUGAUGCGACCUGCAUUCUAAUAUAUACAUUAGAUGCUCAUAAGUAUAUGUUAUAUUUCAUCAUACCAUGGUUAUUGUCAGCAUUAAACUUAAUGCUCAACUUGCAAAGUGAAUCUGAGUAGUCAGACAUCACUGUAAUGACUACACACUACAGCUUCAGACAUCUGAUGAUCCUAUUGAAAAGUCCAAUUAGUACUAUCUCAAAGCAAUUGAUUAUUACACCAGAUGUCUUUGUAAGUUUUUCUCUUUGCUCUAAAGUGGAUGAAUUCUAUGAAAGUAACUCUUUCCUCAAUCUGUUUAAUUUCUCCCAGUCGUCCUGAGCACACAAAUUUUAAGCUUUAAUUAUCUUAUGCAGGCUGUAUGUUGUGAUGACCAUGUCCACUGUUGCCCCAAUGGCUACACUUGUGAUGUUUCUGCCGGCACAUGUAACAGAGGAAAUGACAUUGUUGCCUGGUUGACCAAACAACCAGCCAAAACAGUUGUCAAUGAUGUACCUUGUGAUGACACCUCAUCUUGUCCUGAUGGGAACACUUGUUGUAAAUUGGCAUCUGGACAGUAUGGAUGUUGUCCACUACCUAAGGUAAAUAAUUUUUUUUUUUAAUUUACCAGUUUUUGUUUAUCUUUAAUCUUUUUAAAUCAAGAUAUAAAGAUGUAUUCAUUUCUUAAAAGUCUUCCUAGUUUUUAACUGACCUUUAUUUUAUUUUAGUUUUUGUGUUAGAGGAUUUACAUAAUAAACGUUUUUGCAUUGUCCAAUGAACAUAUCCUAUUAAUAGUAAAUUUGUUUAACUAGAUCAACAAUUUCCAACUGGUAUGUUUUUGCAUCUGACAAUGCAGCUGUGAAAUUUUGUGUGACAAGCUAGUGGUAGUGAAAGCUAAUUUUGAACAUAAUUUUGAGUUUUGUUGAUUUAUUAAAAAAGUGUUGCAGGAAGUUGCAGAUCUUUGAGCAGCUUUUAAAAAAAAUAUACAUGGGUACAUAUGGCAUGGAUAUCACUUCUUUUAAACCAAAAAUUCAAUCAUAUUAUUUAUAUUUUUAAUUAAAUGACAUCCCUGGGUUUCUUGCAUCAAAUUUUUUUACACAUGCAUAACUAAUCACACCAAACUGAGCACAAGUCAUUUUUCCAAGAGCAAUGACUUAAUCUAGAAACAUAUAUAUCAGGCUGUACUAUGAAUCAAAUUCAUGUAUAGCGCAGCUCACAGUAGUAAGUAGAAGAAUAUAGUACAACCUUCUCCCAUUGAAUGAAUAGCUCAUACACAAAAGAUAGUCUAUUGGCACUACUCACAGCUACCAUAAAAUCAUGUCCCAAUAGCUUAAUGGUGCUAAAGCCUACAUUAAAUGAACUAACACACUAGAAAACCCGGCGCAAUAAAAUACAAUAUUCGGUGCGCAACAAUUACAAGUGAAUAUCCAUACUGACACCAAUGAUCCUUUAAAUCACAAAGAAUACGCUUGAACGGGUUUGCCUUUUUAAAUAAAAACAUUUUACUUUCAACGCAGGCUGUAUGCUGUGAUGACCAUGUCCAUUGUUGUCCCAAUGGCUACACGUGUGAUGUUUCUGCCGGCACAUGUAACAGAGGAAAUGACAUUGUAGCCUGGCUGACCAAACAACCAGCCAAAACAGUUGUCAAUGAUGUACCUUGUGACGACACCUCAUCUUGUCCUGAUGGAAACACUUGUUGUAAAUUGGCAUCUGGACAGUAUGGAUGUUGUCCACUACCUAAGGUAAGGUCAAAAUAAAAUAAUAUAUCUUUGUUAACAAAAAAUAUUUGAUGAUAUAAAAUAAGCUGAUUCUGAUUUCAAUGAUAUAGAUUUGAUUAUGCUUUGAAUAGAGGCUUUUAACUCGAGCUGAGAUUCAGACAGAUGGUACAUAGCAGAUUUGUAAAAAUAAUUAUUUUAUUGUCAACAAAGAAACUUUUCCUUUACCCUGAAUGAAAUAUAAAUAAACCUAGGAUCUGACUUAGCGAGUUGAUUGGUUUUAGUUUAGUGUUUUUGUCAAACUAAGGUAUUUCCUUCUUUUUUACAAAUAUAAACAGUUUGAUUACUGUAACAGACAUUAUUCACCUGAUGUAUAAAAUAUUUUAUUCAUUGUGGAUGAUAGGAGUUAAAAGUGGACCUAAUUGCCAAAAAUAGAUGUGGCCGUUUAAAAUCACAAUGAAAUAAACGGUAGCAAAAAAUGCAACAGAGGUAGAUUAACAACUUAUCACAUGGUGAAUCAUAGUCCCCUAUGUUAAGUUGACACCCCCUAACCCAAUUAAAAAAAGGAACCUUACUUUAUGUUUGAAACUUGGUCAUAAUGUGGUCUGACUUAGAUCAAAGGUUUUAUUGCAAAUAACAAAGCUUUUUAAAAAUGGUAGUGGCUUGUAAAACUUGCUUGGUGAUACAAAUUUCUUACAUAAGCUUCCCAUAAUAAACACAAAAAACCAGAAUAAAUUAUUUCUUUCAUCAUCUUAAUUGUAUCGAUCCUACAAAAAUAAUCUUACGUGACAGCAAGUAGACACGGCAAAAAAGAGUCUUGAAUUAUUUUUUUUAACAACUUGGCAUCCUUUACUUUUUCUGAAAUUUAGUUGACAUUUUUCUUGUCACAAUUAACACAGGCUGUAUGUUGUGAUGACCAUGUCCACUGUUGCCCCAAUGGCUACACUUGUGAUGUUUCUGCCGGCACAUGUAACAGAGGAAAUGACAUUGUUGCUUGGCUGACCAAACAACCAGCCAAAACAGUUGUCAAUGAUGUACCUUGUGAUGACACCUCAUCUUGUCCUGAUGGAAACACAUGUUGUAAAUUGGCAUCUGGACAGUAUGGAUGUUGUCCACUGCCUAAGGUAAAUAAUUUUUUUUUAAAUUUACCAGUUUUUUUUUUAUCUUUAAUCUUUUUAAAUCAAGAUAUAAAGAUGUAUUCAUUUCUUAAAAGUCUUCCUAGUUUUUAACUGACCUUUAUUUUAUUUUAGUUUUUGUGUUAGAGGAUUUACAAAAUAAACGUUUUUGCAUUGUCCAAUGAACAUAUCCUAUUAAUAGUAAAUUUGUUUAACUAGAACAACAAUUUCCAACUGGUAUGUUUUUGCAUCUGACAAUGCAGCUGUGAAAUUUUGUGUGACAAGCUAGUGGUAGUGAAAGCUAAUUUUGAACAUAAUUUUGAGUUUUGUUGAUUUAUUGAAAAAGUGUUGCAGGAAGUUGCAGAUCUUUGAGCAGUUUUUUUAAAAAAUAUACAUGGGUGCAUAUGGCAUGGAUAUCCUUUCUUUUGAACCAAAAAUUCAAUCAUUUUAUUUAUAUUUUUUAAUUAAAUUUAAAAAAAAAAAUUGAUUUAGUCUACUAGUAUUAAAUUUGGGGACAUUGUAACAAAGGGGAUUAUUAUUAGAGAAAAUUUUUGCUUUUGAGUACUAGAAAAUUUGGCGAUAAGUCAAAAAGAGGUUAGGAUUAGGAACCACUUGUUGCAAUCAUAAAGAUUGGUUUUCUCAGGGCGUCAUUUCAGUUUUUUUUCAGGAGGGGCCAAACCAGAACUUGGUUGGCUUGUUAAGUUGUUUAUUACUGGAGGUACCACAGUACAUAGCUAUUUAAAUAAAACCUACAAAUUAAGGGGGGGGGGGUGCCAAAACCCUUCCUGACCUACCUAAAUGACAUCCCUGGGUUUCUUGCAUCAAAUUUUUUUACACAUGCAUAACUAAUCACACCAAACUGAGCACAAGUCAUUUUUCCAAGAGCAAUGACUUUAAGCUAGAAACAUAUAUAUCAGGCUGUACUAUGAAUCAAAUUCAUAUAUAGUGCAGCUCACAGUAGUAGGUAGAAGAAUAUAGUACAACCUUCUCCCAUUGAAUGAAUAGCUCAAACACAAAAGACAGUCUAUUGGCACUACUCACAGCUACCAUAAAAUCAUGUCCCAAUAGCUUAAUGGUGCCAAAGCCUACCUUAAAUGAACUAACACACUAGAAAACCCGGCACAAUAAAAUACAAUAUUCGGUGGGCAACAAUUACAAGUGAAUAUCCAUACUGACACCAAUGAUCCUUUAAAUCACAAAUAAUACGCUUGUACGGCUUUGCCCUUUUAAAUAAAAACAUUUUAAUUUCAACACAGGCUGUAUGCUGUGAUGACCAUGUCCAUUGUUGUCCCAAUGGCUACACGUGUGAUGUUUCUGCCGGCACAUGUAACAGAGGAAAUGAUUUAGUUUCAUGGUUUACUAAAAUACCUGCUAAAUCUUUAUUAUAACUUUUUCAUUACAUAUGACUUACUAUUGCUAUUAAAACAGUUUUUGCUUCUUUUAUUGAAUGUUGACAGGUGGAAGGGUGUUUAUUUUAUGUAGGAUGAAUGUGGUAUAGAAUGUAUAAAUGCUUGUACUAUUUUUACUGCUAAAUGAGAAAGAUAUCAGAGAGAUAGCAAAUUUUGAGACAUAAUUACUUUUUGAUACUGGUAUGUUCUUUACCCUUUCAAAUUUCUUAAUGUUUAAGUUAAAAAUGGAAAGCCAGGACGCUAAGAGCAGCUGAUGCCUUUAGUACCAUCCAAUAAUUAUGCACUUGGACUCUUAUUGUUGUUUAGACAACUAAGCCUAGUAAGUGCUAGAGGGGAAAUAAGAUGUAACAAGUUUUAUUUGAUACACGCUACAGUUACAAUGCACAACUAAAUUCAGUAGGAAUUGUAAAUUAUUACAUGUAAUACAAGUACUUACUUUUAGUAGGAUGGUAAAGAACUAUUAAUUUGUGUCCCCGUUUUUUAUUCAUAUUUUAAUAAAAUUGUUCCAAAUGAAAAAAAAGCAAAUUUCUUUUGAAAACUUUUUUUUUAAAAUAUCAAUGUUAGUAUAUUAUCUAUUCUGAAAUUGUGUAAUCAAUCUCCAUACAAUUUAUAAAUAUAGGUUUUUCAAUAGAAUACUCACUAAUAACAAAGUUUUGUUACUUCAUUUUAAAGGUGUACAAUUAAUCUUGCAUUUCAAAUUUGUUCCUGUAUUUGCUGCUCUUAAAUAUUAUGCUUCUAUUAAUCUAAAAUGCCUUAAAAUUAAAAAUUCUUAUGAUGAUGACUAGUUUUAAUCCAAGUGUAAAAGAUAUUUAUAUAUGUAUCAUAUUUUUCCACAUUUUUUAAUCUGUAAUUUUUGUUGUCUUGAGAUCAUUAAUUAAUGUUUCAACCCAUGUAUGAAAGCUAAGGUGCUUGAUUCUUUGUUAACAUCAUUUAUAAAUGAAAGAUCCUUUCAGAUAAUUUUUUUUUUUUUUUUAAUAGUUUUGAUAACUGGCAGGUGCAAAAGCAUGCAAACGAAUCCAGCCAUUCAGUUUUAAAAUAGUUGUUUGAUGAAGCAGGGAAAGUGUUGUUUAUGUUCAGCUCAGUUAGUUUUUAAAGCCACACACUCUGAUAUGUAAUAUGGCAUCCUUAAGUCUUCGUUAUGUAAUAUGGCAUCCUUCAGUCUUGGUUAUGUAAUAUGGCAUCCUUCAGUCUUCGUUAUGUAAUAUGGCAUCCUUCAGUCUUGGUUAUGUAAAAUAGCAUCCUUCAGUCUUCGUGAGACAAUGGAGUAGCUAUAUAGUUCUACACUUUGACGAGUGGCUCACUACGCCAAUCCUAGAAUGACAAUCACGGCCGCAUCUCUCGCAGGAGAAUAUUGAAUCCCGGUAAAUUCUUGAUUUCCGAAUUGUUCUUUUUGAUUCAAAGGCCUCGUUUCGAGUAUCUUCUGCCUUUUUUUACUCCUUCAAACACUGCUGUUUGCCAGUUGGAGCAAUGUUCGGCAAUGAACUCCCAUUCCUUUGUUUCAAUAUUAGCUUCCCUCAUGCUUCGUUUUGCAAACGUCAAAUCUCAGGCGCGGUCGUCCAAUAUGUCUUGUCCCCUCUGCCAACUCUCCAUACAGCAGUAUCUUUGGGAUAUGUCCUUCCUCCAUUCUCCGUACAUGACCUAACCAGCGAAGGCGUCUCUUGAUAAGAAAGGAGAAUAUGCAAAACCUCCUCGUUAGGCACCCUGUCCUGCCAACGAAUGCGCAAAAUGGGACGCAGACAUCUGAUAUGUAUGUUCUCAAUGUUCAGUUUAUCAUAGCAUGUGAGAUUAAAUUAGAAAGUGUUUUUUGGUAAAUGUUUAACCUCAUUUUCUGUUGAGAUUUUGUUUCAGCAACAUUCCAAGUUGGUUAAACAAUGCCUCUUAUAAUCCAUCAUUUGGUCUGUUUAAACUGGGAUAACAUGGUAUAUAUUGAUGUUUUUUUAAAAUUAUAAACAAACUCAAUAUAACAUCUGUGUAACUGGAACUAUAACUGGCAACUUGCCAGAAUAAUGUUGGUCUGCAUCAUGUGUUAACUUAAGGUGUUUGCAACUUGCCAGAAUAAUGUUUGUCUGCAUCAUGUGUUAACUAAAGAAUUUUUUGGUCUAACUUUUGCGAAUGGUUUCUAAAUGAUAUCUGAUUUAUGCUUUUUUUUUUUAAUCUCCUCUCUCUCUCUCCCUCUCUCUCCUUCCCCCCCCCCCUCCCAAAUUACAUUUCAUCGCAAAAAGUCUUUCACUCUCUUUGCCCCCUCGCCUUUUAAAUAAAUAGAAAAUAACUUGAAAAUAAAGAUUUUUGAUUUUAUUUUGGUUCUUAUUGUUGUAAUAAUAAUAAGUGUGGUGAUGCAUUGAACUAAGGAGGAAAGUUAACGUAAUCAAAAUUUUAUAUGGCUGUAAUGAACAUUUUAAGUAGAUAGUGUGUGAUAAAUUAAUUUUUAGUUGCAUCAUGAUGAAAAGUAUUUACUUUCAAACUCCAUGCCCCCCUCCACUCAUACCAUUGUCAUUUGUUUAAUAAAAUGAAUUGAUCAAUAA